AUGGGCUCGUCACAUGACAGGGAUGUCGUGCUCAUCGACUCGGACUCAGACUCAGAGCUCCAGCACGUAUCCAAGCGCCAUAAACCCGACUCGGAUGCGCCGAUGGCGCCCUUCAGAAAGCCUUUCAUGCAAGAUUCCGACUCCGACAGACAAGAGUCCGAAUCUGGAAGGCCGCUGUCGGAACCACCGACGCUAGCGGUUGAAGGAGAGGUUUCUGGCUUUGGAGAUAGUGAAAGUGAGAGCGAGAGUGAAGAUGAGGCUGGAAAUGCUCAAAGUGUAGGUGACGACCAAAGUAUCACCAAUGGUCAGAAUCAUCAAGUUUCUGACGGACAUCACGGGCUGCUGCCGCUGACCAACUCCAGUGUGGAUUCAUCAGAUUUGGAUGAGAUUGCUGGGGGAGAUAUCGCGAAUUCUGCAAAUGAAGACGACAAGGCAUCGUCUGUUGCCAUGCAGCGUACAAUCUACGAAACUCGCAAGUACUUGAAAACCAGGGGAAUUAUGGCGUUUUUGCAGGAGUAUUUGCCCGCCACUGCACUGAGUGAGAACAUCUUGGAGCUCAUCGUGAAGCUAGGAUUCGUUCCUCGUAAUAUUCCUCCCUUGGCUCAAGGGGAGAAUCUUCUCCAGCUAAUCAAGCUCUUGCAUUUGGCUAUGAAGCGAGUUCGCCAGCUUAGAGCUCGCCUAGAUGACUUCUACACAGUGGACCAUGUUUUGGACAAGCUUCGAAGCGCCAAAAAGAUCUUAGUGAUCACGGGCGCAGGCAUCUCCACCAGUCUUGGAAUCCCCGAUUUCCGGUCGUCCAAAGGUUUUUAUUCUCGGAUCUCCAAUUUGGGUCUCUCAGAUCCACAGGAAGUGUUCGACUUGGACAUUUUCCACACCGAUCCCAGCAUAUUUUACUCCAUUGCAUACUUAAUUCUUCCGCCUGACAACGUGUAUGCACCUCUUCACAAGUUCAUCAAGUUGCUACAAGAUAAGGGAAAGCUCUUGCGCAACUACACGCAGAACAUCGACAAUUUGGAAGCAAACGCUGGAAUCGAAUACACCAAGAUGAUCCAAUGCCACGGCUCCUUCGCAUUUGCUACAUGUGUCACCUGCGGCUACCAAGUCAAAGGCGAAGAGAUCUAUCCACAGAUGCGGAACAAGGAAAUACCAUACUGUCCUAAAUGCGCCGCACAACGUAAGCGGAUGAUGAACAAGGACGACACAUACGUGGAAGAAAGUUAUGGAGUCAUGAAGCCAAAUAUUACUUUCUUCGGCGAAGCACUCCCGUCUCUUUUCCACGAUAACAUUAACCAUGAUCUCCGCGAGACGGACUUGAUCAUCAGCAUUGGCACGUCGCUUAAGGUGGCACCCGUGGCUGAGAUUGUCGACAAGGUUCCACUGGAUGUGCCACAAGUUCUUAUAAAUAAGGACCCGAUCCACCACUGCAACUUUGAUGUAAGUCUUUUGGGCUACUGUGACGAUGUGGUGAGUUACUUGUGUGACAGGCUCGGUGCUGACUGGGAUAUUGAUCACAGUGAUUACAAGAAGUUGGUCGGAGACGGAAGCAACCUUGAACUCGAAACUACGAAGGAGAAGGGCGUAUAUAAUAUUCGGAACUUAGAGCGGGAGGCUGAGUUGGCAUCUAUGCCACCAGCGGUGCUUGAAGAGCCUGACCUAAUUGUGUUGGAGCCCACACUUAAUUAG